UGUUUGGGCACUAACAGAAAUUCAGUAGCUUCGCCUCUCGGACGAGCUCACGUAUAAAUUUCAUUUCGUUCGGUUUUUAAUGUUUAUUAUAUAGUCCGCCAUAAAGAGUAUAAAGUGAAGCUUCCGUUUCUUCAAAAAUACGCGGUAAGGUAAGAUGAAGUUGGGAUCUCGGCGGUGGUUAUAUUAUAGGUUAGUCAUUAUAAAUAUAGUGGAAGUUAUAGUGGUAUCGUAGGAUCCCUUGGCGUGUCCAGGGGCUAUGUUGAAACGCCUGUAACUCCCAACGUGGGUUGUCUGCAGGCCAUUUACAGGGGGCAUAGCCGCCGAGCCUUGUGCGGCUGAGGGGAUACCUUAGAAAUCCAGACCUUUGAGAAUGAAUAGAUAGUAGACCAAUAAAUAUUGGCUUACUAGAGCUUAUAGAUGUUUUUUAUUGAAUUAAAUCCGAAUUGGUGACAUGGCGGCAUCUUUUAUCUAUCAAACUUUGCCUGAUCCGACGAAUUCCAUACGAGUUCUUAGUAUUGAGCCUGGUUGGCCUUCGGAAGAGAUUCGGAUCAAGAUACAACCUGUGCCUGACUUGAACAGAGCACCACGUUAUGAAGCACUUUCUUAUGUUUGGGGUACUACUCAAGAUCAAAUACCGAUUGAAUGCAAUGGGCAUCGUAUAGAAGUAACUCAGAAUCUGGCGGCGGCACUCAAGGCUCUGCGCCAGUUACCCUCAGAGGGCGAUCCGACUGAAAAUGGGAUCGAUGUUAUGGAUGAGGAUCAUAUACUUCAUUCAAGGCGUCGCGCAUGGAAAAAUAUUGCCCGAAAUCGCAAUGAAGUCGAUAUGGUUGAAUCCCGGAGGGCGUGCGCGGAACCCCCUUUGUAUUGGAUAGACGCCCUGAGUAUUAAUCAGAGCGACAUACAAGAGCGGGAUGAACAAGUCAAACUCUUCCGAAGAAUCUAUACCACAGCUUCUAUGGUAUUUAUCUGGCUAGGAAAUGAACUUAGUCCACCCGAUAUACCAGAGUCGGAACUACGGACCUCCUGGUUGGACCGUACGUUCGGGCGUGUGCGCUUAGCUGAUUUGGAUCAUAUGUCUGUCGUGUUAUCCUUUUUAGCUCAAGCAUUGAGAAAUGCGCAUCGAGUUAAAACCGAUGGAUUCGGCAGAGAAGAUUUGGACCCGGUUGGGUUUCCACCCGAGAAUAGUCCUGAAUACCAGAUUCUUGGGUCAUUCUUCAAUUUACCUUGGUUCCACCGUGUAUGGAUUGUUCAGGAGGCAGUUAUGGCCAGGGAGGCCAAAAUAUGUAUAGGGAAUUGGGAAUUAGAAUGGAAACCGUUCGCCGAUGCCGUACAAGUUCUCGACGCUGGCGACUUCUGGCACACUUUCCAAGUUCAAUUGCGCAUCACCGGACUCCUUCGAGAAAACUCAUCUCCAGGAUUGAGUAUUCAGGCAGCUUUAUACCCGUGUCAAAUCCGGCGAUAUCCAGGCCACAGACAAAACCUACUUCCCUUAUUAGAGAGAGCGCGAACACGAAAAGCGACCUUGCCGUCAGACUACGUAUUCGCCGUUCUGGGCAUGGCCAACGACGUCGCAAACCCCAUCGGCGAUAGCGGCAUACUCAUCGAUGUAACGUACAGUAAACCAGCGGCCCAGGUAUUCCGAGAUGCCACGUGGUUUAUCAUAUUAAACCACGCAACACUCAGGCCCCUCGCCAUGGCCGAGUAUUCAGAGAACCGGUCCGUGCCUAAUUGUCCGUCAUGGGUGCCUAUAUGGUCGGAACCCCGCCGAACAUCACCUUUCGACUACGAUUUUUUCGAUGCGAGUGCUGGAUUGACGGUUAGUGUGCAGCGUACUGAUAGCGCUGAUAGAUUAAGUAUCCGAGGGUACCCGCUUGACUCCGUAGCAUCGGCGACUACUAGCCUUGUCGAUGAGAAAACAAGAUUGGCACAAGCGCAAGAUGGAUUAGUCGAGUGGCAUUAUCCCCCGCGGCAGACGGAGAUCGAUUUCGUCAUAUCAGCUUGGUCCCUUGCCACGAAUUCAAGCCGAACGAAACCUGCCGCGAGAAGCAAUUCAGGUAGUAGAGUCGCGGUCGCCGACUCAACUCCUGAACUUCAACCCCGAAGUUGUAAUUCUAAUGAAGAGCUCUUAGCGGCGUUUCUACUCACAUUAUCGGUGGAAACGAAUUCGGUAUCAUCUGAUGGAGGAGAGAGCGGGGGUAGUGAUAUGGCUCGCUCCGCGAGGGCUUGGUUUCAGCAGAACGUGGGUUGGUCCGCGAAUGCCGCGCCUCUAUAUAGCAAGAUCUCGCAUAGCAUCGGGAAUAUGCUGUAUCCUGGUGCCGAUGUAUCGUUUCAAGCUUCCUUAUUACAGGCCUGUGUAGGUAGGAAGUUUUUCGUCACAACGAGGGGUUUUAUGGGUAUUGGCCCCGCCUCGAUGGAGCCAGGCGAUUUAGUUGUCGUACUUUUGGGAGCUGUGGUCCCUUUCGUGGCGAGGAAAACUGCGAAUGAACAGGAUCGGACUUAUAUCCUUAUUGGAGAAUGUUAUGUCCAUGGUAUCAUGGAUGGGGAAUUGGUGAGGAUGAAACAAGGAGCGGGCAAAGAGGCUGAGGAGUUUGUAUUUAUUUGAUACCAUUUCUAGCGGGGGCAUUCUGCUGUGAGAAGCCUAUGGAUACCUACCUAGGUGAUAAAUUGAGAUGGCUGGUAAAAAAAAUACCCUCUGAUCGGAAUGCCUCAGAUGCCCCAAUCUCCCUCUUAGUAUAGCACGGUGUGUCGUUUCUGUCCAUUAUCGGUUUUUAUAUGG